UUUAGAGAAGGUUUCAAUCAUGUCUUUCCCCUUGAUCAUUUAAAAAAUUUCUAUACUGUAGAGGAAAUACAUAAGGUGGUCUUUCAUAAUAAAAAAGAGGAUUGGUCAGCCGAUGUCAUUCGUCGUGCUUUUUUCGUUAAUAAUGAAAGUAUUAGAAUCGAAGUUGAUAAGAUUUCCCAAAUUUUAUCAAAAUUUAACAUUGACGAACAACGGAAGAUGCUCCGCUUUUUUACUGGAUCGACAAGACUUCCUAUUGGGGGAUGGACCAAAUUAAAACCUGAACUGGCUGUAAUUGAGGACCUCGGAGCCUACCCGAUUGGUAGGACAUGCUUUAACAAGCUAUCUAUUCCUCGAAAUAACAGUCUUCAGGAGCUAGAGGAAAAGUUGAAAUUAGUGAUCAGCAAUAGUGAAAUAGCAGAACGAAUCGACAGAGAGUAAGUUUGCAUUUACAUUUAUCAAGGAAAAAUAUUUUAAGUAAUAUAUUUGUAUAAUAUAUUUUUAAAUUUGCAUUCAUCAAAUAAACUGAUUUCAAAUUAUUAUAUCUGAA